AUACAGUAAGAAUAUACAUUUUUUAGAAUUAAAUAUUUAAUAUGUUAUUUAUGCAAUUGAUUACCUAUCUAUGCAAUUGAUUACCUAUCAAUUUAUGUUUGACAUUUCAGCUCCCAUACACGGUGGCUGGGGAAACUGGGGUGCUUGGUCAGACUGCCUUGUCUCCUGUGGAGAGGGAGUAUAUAGCCAGUUUCGUUACUGUGACAAUCCUGAGCCAAUGUAUGGUGGUGACGUUUGUCCUGGUCCUCUUACCAAAGACCAGCCAUGCACCAUGCCUCCAUGCCCCAUUAAUGGGUCUUGGAGUGAAUGGACUGACUUUGGGGAUUGUUCACUUACAUGUGGUGGGGGAUCAAGGGUCAGAACCAGGACUUGUUCUGACCCAGCCCCAAACUAUAAUGGCCUCAUCUGUCCUAUUGAUGACCCAACAGAAGAAUCAGAAAUCUGCAAUACAGAUACUUGUCCAGUUCAUGGCGGAUGGUCAGAAUGGGAGCUAUGGGACACCUGUACGAAGUCUUGCAAUGGAGGACUUCGGUCUCGCUCUCGGACAUGCGACAACCCUGUACCUCAGUUUGGUGGUGAUGACUGUGAUGACAGCAGUUCUGUGACAGAAUCAUGCAAUGUUCAAGGAUGUAUCCGUAAGUGCUGACAAUCUUGGCAAAAAUUGUGGGUAUUUUGUCCAAGCCCCAUUGAACCACGGAUCUUGAAACUUAGGAUCGGCUUCUAUUUUGGCAAAAAUAUGUUUUUACAAAAAAAAUAAAGUCCUAAAUACUUGUAAGAUGUUUGAAUGUACAUUUUGAUACUAAAUUUGGUAUCUUAACCAUGGAUUUUAGUCCUGUAGUAACCAUAAAUAAUAAUGAGAAGUAAUGAAUCAUAGAAUUGCGGGCCUAAAGUUAAUAAAGAUCCUACACAAUCGACCCUGUAAUUCUUAUAUGUCACCGUGCUUUGUCAUAUAUUUUGGUCUUAUUAUAUCCAUGCACAUACAUCUCCUAAUCGUGUCCCAAUUUGAGACAUGUAGUGCAAAAUUGGCUAAGUUGUAGCAAACAAUUAACUUCAGGUUUUUUUAAAGGUGUAUGGUAAGUAAAACAUGGGAUUUGUAAAAACCAAGUUGGUCAAAUUGCACUACUGUUAAAAUAGAGGUUCUACUGUACUUUAGUAAUAUGUAAUCUUCUCAACAUACAUGAGAUAACGAGUGGUGGACCAUUUCCAGACCUAAGACUUUGGGACAUGAUUAAUAGAUAUUAAACUAUUGAUUUAACUCUGUAUCUGUAUAAAUACUGCAGUAAAGCGUUCAGGUACCGAUGGUAUUGUAAAUGUUUUGUGAGAAAAAUCAUCACACCAGAGAGGCAGUGCAACAAUAAAAUUAUUAUCGUCAUCAUUAAUUCUAAAUCCUCCACUAUCCCAUCCCAACGCACAGUUACUAACAUGCUUAGUAUGGACAACUUUAAAACGAGAAUUAAUUAGAGAAUUAACUGUCCCAUUUGAACUUAAUGUAGAAUUAGCUCACUAGAAAACAUAACAAAUAUGCAACAUUGCUGUCAUUGAAAGAUCUGCCUGCAAAGUUUUCUUUAAGUGCAUUGAAAUUGGCUCGAGAGGUUACAUCUAAAAAAACAUCCUAAAAUUUUGUAAUCCAAUUAACUAUAAAACAGUUAGCAAUAAUCUUUCGAGACUGUCUACCAUAUCAUCUUUCACCAAAUACCACUCAAAAUCAGAACCGUCAGGGUUGAAUCCUCCUUCUGUUAAGCAA